AUGGCCGCGGACAAGAUCACGAACUGGGUAGCGCCCAACGACAAAACGGGCGAGUUCAAGAGAGGGCAAUCACAAUUCCGCAACUUCAUCAAGAAAGGUGGCGAGUUUCCCCCAGAGAAAGGCCGAUACCACCUCUAUGUCUCCUAUGCCUGUCCCUGGGCACACCGUACGCUUAUCGUGCGCCAACUCAAAGGCCUCGAGGAUAUCAUACCAUAUACCAGUGUUCAUUGGCAUAUGCAGGAGAAAGGUUGGCGAUUCGCGACACCAGAGGAUACAGAUGCGCCGGGCGAGAACGUAACGCCGGACCCGGUGAACAAAUUUACGCAUCUGAGAGAUAUUUACUUCUCUGUGGAUCCUGAGUAUAAGGGGCGGUUCACGGUGCCGACGCUGUACGAUGUUAAGCAGAAGAAGAUUGUCAGCAAUGAGAGCAGUGAGAUUAUUCGGAUGUUCUACACUGAGUUUGAUGAUCUCCUCCCGGAGAAAUACAAGAACGUCAACCUGUUCCCGGAGAACCUGCAGAAGCAAAUCGAGGAAACGAACGAAUGGACGUACAACGAUAUAAACAACGGGGUGUACCGCUCCGGAUUCGCCACGACUCAAGAAGCCCACGAGAAGGCCGUGGUGCCCCUCUUCAAAUCCCUCGACAGAAUAGAGAAACAUUUCGCGGAGUCGAAAGAGGGUCCGUAUUACUACGGGAAGGAGAUCACGGAGGCUGACAUCAGGCUCUACCCCACGCUGAUCCGAUUUGACCCUGUUUACGUGCAGCAUUUCAAGACGAAUAUCAGGGAUAUCCGCAGCGGAUACCCGCAUAUCCAUAAAUGGCUAAGACACUUGUAUUGGAAUGUCCCAGCCUUCAAAGACACGACCGAGUUUACGCAUAUCAUGCGGCAUUAUACCAAGAGCCACACCCAGAUCAACCCCUUCAGCAUCACUCCCGUCGGUCCCCAACCCCCGAUCCUGCGGGAGGACGAGGAAGUCCCGGCCGUAGCGUAUGCGUUGGCGCAGAGAAACUCGAAGUAG